AUGAUCGCCUCACUGCUCCUCGCUCUGCUUGCCACUGCUGAGGCCAUCUGGUCGCCCCCGGUCUGGCCACCUGUUAUAAAACAACCCUAUUAUUGGGGCGACGUGCUAAAUAUCACGAAAUGCUACUGCCAAGGCCUAAAUGAAGACAGGAAUGUGGGUCAUUACUACCAAUUCGACUACCGGAACUAUCACAAUGAGCAAGAAUACACGUUGGCAUGGACAUGCGACUCCGAUGUCCGCACUACAGGCUGGGGGACGAUCGGCUCCAAGCGAAUUGAUUUCCUGGUGCCAGACUGCUGGAAUGCCCAUGAUUUAUGGAGGAAAGAGAAACGAAAAGAAUGCAGCAGGUCUAACAUUGGGGAUACUUUCUGCUUUGAACUCGGGAACACUCGCGAUCCCUACGACUAUUACUACUUCAACGGGCAGAAGAGAGGGUUGCCAAACUUCGGUAUCAGGGAGUUUCCCCCGGAUGAAUGCGCUGCUUUAUGCCGGGACAAGGUGGGUGGGAAGAUUGUUGCGAGUAAGUGCAAAUUUCGGGGCACACCCUCCGUCGUCGAACCUUUGGUAUUGAGCGGAGUCUCGCGAACGGUUUCAAGCCCAAGCCUGUCUUAUAACGUCGGCAUUUUGCCUCAAAAAAACUAUGCUGACUCCGAAAUGUCUAGGUGA